AUCAUCACCGAGGAGAUUGUUGACGAAACCGAUCGCUACGAAGAUAACGUCAAUAAGCGUCGUGCUAAGCGGCUGACGAACGCUGCUCUCAUGAAGGGAAUUGUCGAACGUCGCAGGAAUGCCUCGAUUUCCUCUCCUAUAAACGAGAGUACGCCAUUGUUAGGGAAGAAUCCCAAUCCUGAGUGAAUUACCAGCAGACCAUGAGACGACUGCUCUUUAUGCCUUCGUUCUCGUUCGCUUUUCUAAGUUGGACUGUUUGUUGCUGUCAUGAAUCCAUCUGUUCAGAGCAUCUGACGCCCUUGACCUUUCGUUCUUUUGCCACGCGAAGUCCAACCUUGUAUUUGUGUCGAAUGUUUGGAUUAUGCUUGCAAAACACUUGCUGGAUCGUUCAGGUGGACCAACAAGCUGCAGCGUCCAUUCCGGAAAAUGCAGUUUCGGGUGGUCCUUCUCAAGCUCUCUUUGUGUCAGGCUUUACGCUCGCCUUUCUAUUAAUUUAAAGACUCAGGCUUCUUGUUCGGCAACGUCCAUCUCAUACGACUGGACUGGGUAGGCCCAUUCUCCUCUCAACCCCCCUACUCCCGGAGCAGAAGG